AUGUCCAAUUUACAACACUUGAUAGAUGCUGCCACUGAUUGCACGCUUACAAGUGACAACUGGCAGUACAUCAUGGAUGUUACAGAUGCCAUUAAUAAUGGUGACCCUGAAACGUCAACCAAGGAAGCGAUCAAGAUGAUUACCAAACGAUUUGACUCCCGAGACGCUAAUGUGCUUUUAAGAACUUGUCUGUUAGUUUUAGCCCUUGCUGAGAAUUGUGGGUCCAGAAUGAAGCAAGAGAUUGCUACCAAACAAUUUUGUCUGGUUCUCUUGGGCAAGAUGUCCGAUAAGAAGGUUCAUUAUACAGUGAAGGAGAGCGUUGCUUCCUUAAUAUAUCAACUUGACAAUCUGUUUAAAAGCGACUCGUCUUUGAAACCCAUGGCUGAUGCAGGAAGUAAGAUACAAAAGUCCUAUGCCAAGUACCUUUCUCAUCAAGAAAUGCCAACUAAGCCCGCUAAGAAGGAAUUAACAAAGCUGGCUAAAUUGAAAGAAGAAGAGGAAUGGCAAGAAGCGAUUCGACUUUCUUUGGAAGAUUCCACCAGAAAAGAGAACAUGAAGAAGAACCUCGUAGACAAAGCAACUUUUGAUCAACAAGGAGGUCCCAUAAGGAGCAAUAAUAAUAAGAAUAAUAAUAAUAAUAAUAAUAAUAAUAAUAAUAAUAAUAAUACUAGCAAAUUGCAAAAUGGAGACCUUCCACCUGUUCCAACAAUCUCCGCCACAAGCACAAACACACAAAUGAAGAAUGAAUUUCUAAACGAGGAGGAAGAUUCACUUUCAAUUGCAAAUAUUUCCAAAGUCCGUGCAUUAUAUGACCUUAAUUCUUAUGAACCUGAAGAAUUAUCAUUUAAAAAGGGCGAUAUAAUAAAGGUUAUUGAAUCCGUUUACAAUGAUUGGUGGAAGGGGUCUUUACCCAAUGGAGAAACUGGUAUCUUCCCUCUUAAUUAUGUUGCACCUGUAAUACCCAAAACAGCGAAUAUACUUGCUCAUGAAGCUGAAGCUGAGAAUAAGGUGUUAUAUGGUGGUACCAUGCUGAAAGUUGAUCGACUUUUAGCAUUGUUGACUAAUCCAGAUGUUUCUCAAGUAGAUGAAGAAGAGGUCACCAGUUUGUAUAAUGAAUUAAUCCCCUUACGACCCAUGCUUUUGAAAAGCAUUGAGAAAUAUAAUGAAAGAAAUGAAGAACUCAAAAACUUAACUGCAUCCGUGAAUCAAACAGUUAAGGUUUAUAAUCAAAUGGUUGAUGAUCUGAGCAAACAAAGAAUGAGUACAUUUACUACGGGAUCAAUGGGGACUUAUGUACCACCACCACCACAACAACAACAACAAUAUCCUACAUCUAGUAAUGAGCAACCUCAAUAUCUGUACAACCAAUUGAAUGCCCAACCCACUAGUGCAGGGUUUGGGAAUGCCCCAUUUCCGCAACAUACUGGGCUGUCGAACUCGAAUACUGGAUAUAUGGAGGGGAACUAUCAUUUUCUGAAUGUAAACCGUUUUCCUGAUGUUGAUAGCAUGCCUCAAUAA